CCCCCUCCCUCCGCCCUUCUCCCCCUCCCCAUCUCGUCCCAUCCUGCUUGCCCCACCCAUGCUUCCUCCUUUCACCGGCCCUCAUGUUGCCUCAUCUUGGCUGUGCGUGCAGCACUCUAAAUCUGCGCCCGCUCGCUCGCCCGCAGCGCUCCUCACCCUGCCUGUUCCCCGUCGACAAGCGCCCCAUGGCCUCACCCCAGUGCCUCUCGUCCUCGACUUCGUCCCCGUUCCGGUCCCUGUCACUGUCCCCGCCCCGGGACGACCUGUCCCUACGCGUCGCAUUUGUUACCCGAGCAGAGAACUCUUGGUCCAGGCUCGAGCUGGGUCCCACGUGAACCAAGCUCCUCUGAUUCUUCCUUCCUCCGUCUUGAGCUCCAAUACAACUGACAAGAUCGGGGCUCAGACCCCGACGGCGUGCCAUCAACAAGCGACUGAGGACAAGUCCUCGCGUUCGCGGCCUGUAUGUCAAGAGCCCAUUACUGGUCAAGGCCGAGACAAACAGAGAACAAGAUGGCAUCCUGGAUCAAAGAACCAACCCGGCUGAGGUGCCAGUGCGGCUACAUGCCCACGGCCUCGACUGAACUUGCAUGGUAUAUCCGACUUGCAAUGUAUUUGCUACACCAUGCUACUGUUACUUUUAUGAUGAUUACGAUUGUUAUUUACUAUCAUUGUUGUUGUCGUUGUUGCUGUUAUUAUUGUUACUGUUAUCAUUAUUAUUACUACCAUUACUACCCCUACUGCCGUCCGCCAGCUAGACUUUGCUAGACGUACAGAACGGGGCAGAGCCGCCAAUUAAUCCAUCCGGUCUCGAUCUCGAUGGCAUGUUGUUG